CAGGUAAAUACCUUUUUGUGAAAAUGGAAGGUCAAGCGAAAAAUCUGAAGAUAAAGACCGGAAUUUUGAGACGUCUCACCAAAGAGAAAAUUAUGUAUGAGCAAGAAGCCACAAGUUUACAAGAAAAAUUGAAGACUUAUAAAGACGAAGGCAGGGACGAAUAUUUUAUUAAAAAGCAACACGAAGUAUUGAAGGAGGCAAAUAUGAUGGUACCGGAUACGCUGAGGAGAUUACAUAAAGCGUUUGACGAUUUAAAAAUGACUGUAGAAGGAGCGACCGAUGUUCCAAAGGAAAGUGAAAUAUAUGAAGGAGCGCUUAUAGUUUUAAAAGACGCUGAACCGCAUCUCGUUUAGUUUCUUAGCUCGUACUCGUUUCGAUUUUUUCCAAGUUUUGUAUUGUGCUAACCUUUUUAUUCGAUUCGUGAUAUUUUGCACUGUUUUAUACAUUUUCUUUUUUUUAUUUGAAAUUCUAAUCGGUGAAGUUUUCACAAUAAUAUACACAUUUAUUUAUUGA